CCCAGCGACCCAGCCGGCACGGCAGCCACACUGGCACCCUGCAUACACAGCCAGACAUCAAAACGAGAAGACCGAGCCACCAAGCAAAAACCGAGAGCUCCUGCAGCAGUGCAGGGAGAGGAGGAGAUCACCAAGCAUGGCGACCGCGGCGGCCUCGUCGUUCCUCUCUCCGGCAAAGUUCGCGCUCCAGAGCCGGUCUCCGAGCUUGAAACCCGCGCGUGGCGUCAGGUUCGUUCCGGCACGAGCCCAGCAGCAAGUGAAAGAGCAGGACCCCGAGGCGACCUUGCCGCCGCCGCAGGAGGCGGCGGAAGAACCGGCGGCGAGGGCGAAGAGGAAGGGCCCCGCGGUGUCGCUGCCGCGGCAGCCGCUGGCGGAGAGCAAGAACAUGGGGCGGGAGUACGGGAGCCAGUGGCUGAGCUGCACGACGCGGCACGUGCGCAUCUACGCCGCGUACAUCGACCCGGAGACGCACGCCUUCGACCAGACGCAGACCGACAAGCUCACGCUCAUCCUCGACCCCACCGAGGAGUUCGUCUGGAACGACGAUACCUGCCAGAUGGUCUACAACGAGUUCCAGGACCUCGUCGACCACUACGAGGGAGCUCCACUGUCAGAAUACACGCUUCGUUUGAUCGGCUCGGAUCUUGAGCACUACAUCCGCAAGCUUCUCUACGACGGGGACAUCAAGUACAACAUGAAUUCCAGGGUGCUUAAUUUCAGCAUGGGGAAACCCCGCGUCAAAUUCAACAGCAGCCAGAUCCCAGAUGUAAAAUAGAUGUAUGUAAAUCCAGUAGUGAAUGGGUUCUCGGUUCAAAAGCUGAUCAAAAUAUGUACAACGGACAAUGGCAUUCCUGAAUUAAGACUUCACAGAUACAAAACAGCAUUGCC